AUGAGUUGCGUUAUAGGAAAACGCUGUUGUGACAGGGUGCUCCAAGGCUGUCCUCAACGGAGACCUAGGAUGUGUUACCGCUGGACGGGCGAUGUAAUUUUUUCCUUGCAGAUCGAAAUCAUGAGCUUCUGGAAGUAUUCUCCCUUUCUGGCUCUUGGCUUCUUGGUCCUGUACCAGGCAGGUGUCCUCCAGGCAGCACCAUUCAGGUCUAUUUUGGACAGCCACCUGGGUUCUGCUUCACUCAAUGAGAAGGAAUUGUGCAUCAUACUGGCUGCAAUGGUGAGAGACUAUGCACAGCAGAAGAUCAAUGAGCUGGAGCAGGAGACAGGGAGAUUCAGCAUCGCUACCCAGAAGAGAGAAUGCAAAACCUCCACCUGUGUGACCAAAAACCUAGCAGACAAGCUAGGCAAACGUGGGGGUGUAUUGAAGGAUGACUUCAUGCCCACCGGCGCACGCACCACUUACUAUGGCCGUCGCCGCAAGGACCUUGAGAAGUGA